UUACAGGAAGUGUAGUUUUGAAGCGGUGCCUUACGGUUGUGGCGGUCCGAGCUGCACCGGAGACGCUUGACCGUUAACCCGCGGUACUGUGAGCACAACUGGAUCGGACACUGAUCAGGGAUCUGCCUCCAUCUGAAGGAGCAGCCUGUCACGGCAGGUUAGCUGUCUGGAGCUGGAGUUCUUUGGACACUCAGGCGGGACUGAACACAGACUCCGACGGAGCUGCUGGUCAGAAGCUAACAGCAGCUAACUGCUAGCGGACAGUGGCUAUCAGCACCGGCUAACUAGCUGCGAUAACUCAACACAUCGGUGUGUUACUGUGUUUGGAUGCUAACAGCAGCAGAGAAGUGCUUCACAGCACCACAGAAACAAACCAGGUCAGAGGUCAUGUUUCUCUACAAUGAACGCGGCCCGCAAACGCCUCAAACUCAGUGCGCCCAAACUGCAGUCUGCCGCCGACAGCAGCACCAGCUCCCAUGAUGCUUUGCUUCUUCCUCCUCCAGCUCCUGCUGGGGGUGGAGCUGAGGAGGCGGCGGACGAGGGAUACCUGCUGGUCAUGGAAAACACCACCGACUCCAGCCUCGUCAUCACUAUGGAGGACAGCCAGGUGGAGGUGAAGGCGGCGAGGAGGAAGGCAGCGAGGAAGAGGAGCAGGAAAGUGACUAAUGAUGAGGAGAGUGGCGGAGCCUUGGAGAGCGAGGAGGAGGAGGAGGCUGAAGUGGACGUGGAGAUCGACAGACAGCUGGACCAGUCACUGGAGACAAAGUCCAAACAACACAACCUGACCACUGUGAAUGUCAGAAACAUCAUCCAUGAGGUGAUCACUAACGAGCAUGUGGUGGCCAUGAUGAAAGCAGCCAUCAACGAGACGGAGGCCGUCCCUCCCUUUGAGCCUAAAAUGACUCGAUCCAAGUUUAAAGAGGUGGUGGAGAAAGGAGUGGUGAUUCCAGCCUGGAACAUCUCUCCCAUCAAGAAGGCCAGUGACGCCCACAAGGCUCCUCAGUUCGUGGAUAUUCCUCUGGCUGAAGAAGACUCCUCGGAUGAAGAGUACCGCCCAGACGAGGAGGAUGAAGAUGAGACUGCUGAAGAUACGUUCCAGGAGAGCGACAUGGAGAGCACAACUUCGUCACCCAGAGGGAGUCGCCUUAACCGAGUGGAUGAGGAGAGCUCCAGCCCCUGGCAGACUUCUCGAAGCCGAUCUAGACGUCUGAGGGCAGGGCCUGUCUCAAUGGGACCUCCCCCUCCACCCAAAGCCCCACCUCCUAAAACUGUGACUGACAGCACAUUCCUGGAGAAGCUUCAUGCUGUGGAGGAGGAGCUAGCUGUUUGUAUGGAGCCCUACCAGCCUUUGUCUGAGUCAGAGGAUGAGGCAGGUCUGAUGGCGUACCGGACUCGCUCCAAGCGUCCUCUCCGGGACAUUCCACUCGGUCAGCUGGAGGCAGAGCUCCGUGCUCCUGACAUCACACCUGACAUGUAUGACUCCAGCUCCGCCCAUGAGGACAGGGAGUGGACUGAUUGGCUGAGAGGCCUUAUGACCUCAGACGUGGACAACGAAGAGGAGUGUGAUGAUGAAGACGAUCCAGAGUACAACUUCCUGGCUGAUAACGAUGAACCUGAUCUCGAGGAUUACCGUGACGACAAGGCUGUCCGCAUCACCAAGAAGGAGGUGAACGAGUUGAUGGAGGAGCUCUUUGAAACGCUAAAAGAGGACCUGGCUGGACAGGAGGUGGACGAUGAAGGCCACGAGGAAGAGGAGGAGCCACAGGAGGAAACACACAUUGUACAGACACACACACAGCAGCAGCACACGGCGGUGGCUGAAGAUGAGCAGGAGGAUGGACCAAUCACAGAGCAGCGUACUGUGAAGCAGCAGCUGGCUUUGAUCAGGAGGAGACAGACACAUGCACCGAAUAACACACAUUGUACAGAACCGCACACGCUGAGGCUGAAUGCACAACAGAAGACAUGCCUACAGCAGCAGCUACAGCAGCAUGUCCAGCUGCUGACUCAGGUCCACCUGUUGUCUUUACCUGUGUCCAAACUGCAGAGUGAGGCUGAGACUAGCCGACAGUUCCUGUUUGAGCUGAACAUUUUGGCACAGCGUGGCGAGUUGAUCCGGUCUACAGAUCGCCCUGGUUUCUGCAGCGCCUUCAGAGCCUCCAACCUGCAGGGGGCGCUGCAACUGCUGGAGGAGCUGCGUCAGGCUCCCAUCAGCUACCAGCCACAGCUCCGCCCACCAGACGCCAGAGGAUACAUGCGAUCAUUCCCCGUCAUGCCGGCUGAGCUGGCCUGGAUCUUUGCCACCCGUCCAGUGUUCCUCUACCCAGAGCUGCUGCCCUGCGCCAGCCUUGACCCCAACCUGUACUGCCCCCGCAGGACGGCAGCGUUCACUGCAGCUGAGGACUGCCUGCUGGUACUCGGCCUCAGGAACAUGGAAGGAUCAUGCGACCCUCCAAAGCUGGUGUCUCAGUUCCUGCUGAGGAAGACUUUGGUCCAAGUACGACGAAGAAUCUUGCAGUGUUGCAGACCUGGUUUCCCUGACAACAUCGUCAAGGCCUUCAGGUAUCAGCGGCUGCUCUGGUCGAUGCCGGUGGCCUGUCGUCAUGUGGAUCCGGCAGAGCAGCGCCCCCCUGUGGAGAGAGAGGAGAGCGUCAUGCCUGUGUGGCUGGUGCGGAGUCUUCCCGUCAUCUUCCCGACCAUCAGCCGCUACAACACACCUUCUGGCUCCGCCCCCGAGGUGCUGCCGUCCUGCAGGGGGAGUGGGGUCCGUCAGAGUCAGCUGACCUUCCUACGCUCCGCCCCCAGCAGCUACAGCUUCCCCCCAGCUGCCAGUACCCGCCCCACCUCCCAGAUCACCUGGGCUUCAGACGAAUCGGCUUCGUGCUGCUGCAGCAGCCCCUCCCCCCUCCACCUGCUGACUCCUGCACGUCACCUCCACCUGCUGACUCCUCCACAUCACCUCCACCUGCUGACUCCUCCACAUCACCUCCACCUGCUGACUCCUCCACAUCACCUCCACCUGCUGACUCCUGCACGUCACCUCCACCUGCUGACUCCUCCACAUCACCUCCACCUGCUGACUUCUCCAAAUCACCACCGCCUCCACGAGCGCCGCUCCAACGCCUCCUCCAAACCAGGACUGACAACCCCGCUGACACCACGUCCUCCUUCAUCUCUACUGACCAGACAGCGAAUCAAACGCCACUGUCAGAUGCUGGCAUGUCUGAGGAGGAGUGGAGUGACCCCACCUUCUGCUGGGAGGAAUGCCCUGAACGCCACGCUGCCACCUCCUCCUGAAGGCCCCUCCUCCUUACAGCUGUUGGCAGAUGAUGUCAUCAGAGUGGAUGAAGAAGAGGAGGAGGAGGAGGAAGAGGAGGGUGACAUCCUCCUAACUUUGUCUGAAUCUUCGUCCAGCACUGCAGGAAGUGAUGAUGACCUGGAGGAGACGGAGAUAGACAGGAAGCAAGAACAGACUCUGCCAUCCGGGGAAGAAGAUGGAGGAACAUCUUCAGAUGAAUCCAGAGCCUCUGUCGUCCCGCUGCAGGAGAAGGCGGAGUCAGCUGACAGCGAUGGAGACGAUCAGUCGGAGGAUGUGGCCUUUGCUCAGGACUACCUGCACAGAGUGUGUGACGCCAUACAGGUGAGCACAGGUCUCCCGGAGCAGCUGCUGCAGGUUCUGGAUGAGUUUUCAGCUGCGGGGCCCCUGGAGGCCCCUGAGGUUCUGUACAGCAAACUGAGCAGCAUCCUGCAGCCAUGGCCUCAGUUGCUCAGAGACUUCGCCGCAUUUCUGAACUGCAGACAGGCACAGCGCUGCAGUCUGCUGUUAGAGCAGCAGCUGUUUGAACGCAGCCGACGGUUUCUUCGGCGACUGAGGCGGAGCCUGGGAGAAAGUUCCACCCUCUACCAGCAGGUGGUGUCAGUGUUGCAGGGAAGCCCCGCCCCCUCACCUGAAGACAUGGACCAGCUCUCAUCUCUGCUCAGACUCCACCCACACCUGCAGCAGGAAGUCUGUGACUUCUUCUCACAGCUAAACGCCCCUUCGUUACCCAAAGCAACCAGUGCCGACACAGACUGCAUUUCCCACAAUCCUCCAGACAAGAACAUAGUCAACCUUCAGAGAGCCAAUGACAGAGAGGAGGGUGCAAAGCCACGAGUUACUGGGGCCAAAAACAACAAGAUGAAGGCGAACGGAGGAGAGGUGGUCACCUGGACACGUGAUGCAGACCGACUCAUCCUGACGACGUGUCAGCAGAGAGGAGCCAGUCAGAGCACGUUCAGACAGGUGUCUGCCCAGCUGGGAAACAGAACAGUCCAACAGGUUCGCCUUCGAUUCCAGAACCUCAUGAAGCUUUUCCACUCGACCCACAAGUCCACCUGCUCCUCAGAGAAUCGGCCAAGCAGACAAGACGUAGCUCCGGACUGACCAAUCACAGACAGGUUCAGAGCUGACACUGAUCCAGAUCUGCUGCAGCAGGAUCGAACCUGUGACACGACAGUUAGAGGAUGAAGUCCAGCAGAGAAAGAACAUUUGUAGAGCACAUUUACAGAGUUCUGGAUCUGAACUUUAAAGGUUGAAUCUCCUUCUCAGAAUUUUGUUCUGGAGUCCAUCCUCGAUGGUUCUGGAGUUACUCAUACAGUUGUUCUUUCUGGGCUUCUCUAGGAUUUGGUCAGGUUCCGGUUUGGGUUAGCCUAACCCUUCUGCACACAGUUCAGAAACUUGAAUUCAGCUCAAAGACUCCAGAACACAUCACUCGGAUUGAGUCCAGAACCAUUUCUGCAGCAGUGUUAAAACUGCAGAACAUGUUCUAUAUUCAGAACCAUCAUUCUGGAUGUAGGGAUGGAGUCACAAGGCCAGUUCUAAGCUAACUCAGAGGAACACUUAGGAGUUCUUUGGACUGUUCCUGUUCGGAUCACCAGUUCAGGACCUCUUUGUAGAUCUCUGUUUUCAUGAGAUUCCAGAAGGAACCAGAACAGAUCUGAAAGAGAACUUCAAAGCUCUACAGCUUUGUUCCAGUUUUGACCCACAAGUUGGUUCCAGGAAGUCUAUUUAAAUUUAUUUAUUCUUAAUUUAAGUCCUCUGAUGUCAUAGAGGGGCGGAGUCUUGGUCACACGAUUUAGAUGAGGGGCUGCAGGUUUGGUUCUCGCAGCUUUGUGUUGGUUUGUUUUUUUCUUUUUGCUAUGUUUUGUCCUGAAGGCUCAGGUGUGACACUUGUGUGAUGUCAGCAGGUGAUGGUCAGCUGAUUAAAUGUAAACAAACAUCUGGAUCUGCAGAAACGUUUCGGCAUCAAGCAGCUCAGCAGUAAAACAGAAACAUUUGUACUGAAGCAGUUUGUCCUCCACUGAUGCUUUGGGACCUUAUUUACUGGUUAGUGAAGGUUGUGUGAACAUUCUAUGAAGGUUUUGUGGAAACGUUUAUUCAUAUUGAAUACAGAAUCAUCAAAAAACUUUUUUGCUUUUUUCAAACCAUUUUUAUUUCUGUUUGUAAAUGGAUGUUUCUGUUUUAAAAGCAUUUUAAGGAUGAAAUAUGAUGUGAAAAUGACCGAUCAGCUGAUCGGAAAGAAAAUAAACAUUUAAAUCAACAUGCUGUGUGUGAAAUGACAAAAUAACUUCAUAGGGUUCUAGUUUUGUGAUGUCAUUUUGUUGGGAGAAUGUCUGCAUUAGAUUUGUGUACAAGUACUAAACACACUGACAAAUCUUGUGCAAUAAACAUUAUGAAAUAAAAUGUAUGUCAACAUCUCACCGAAACUACAGAUUUCAGAAAAUCAUGUUCAAGCACUUAAUCAGACCGACUGGUAAUUACUGUGGUCUGGACCAAUCAGCUGUUUUGUCUCUAAAAUGUCAGAAAAAAAUUAAACUGGAUCAGAGUUUCCUCCAAUAUCUUGUUUUGUCCAAAGAUUGUCAGUUUACUGUCAUGGGAGGAGAAACUGAAACACAGAAUUGACAGUGUUUUUAUUUAAAAAUUACAAACUGAUGAAUUAAUCACCCAAAUAGCUGGCAAUUCAUUUAUUAGCUGAUGGCUAGUAAAUUAAUUGCUGCUGCUUUAACACAGGGACACUUUUAUAAAAUGUUGCUAAUGAAGUGGGAUUUGCAGGAAUCCAUGUUAGUGCAGCUCUGCAGUAAACAAAUGUUUACAUUCAUGCUCUUCUUUUAAGCAUGUUUUAAAAUCUUGGAAAUAAACUUUCGUUUUUGAAUGUU